GCCACUUAUCCUCUCUCUCUCUCUCUCAUCUCGCCGGAAAAGAGAGAACCAGACACAUAUAAUACGACGCCGUUUGCACAAAAAGAACACGAUCAUGUUGGAUCUCAGCCUUGGAAUCUUGUCUAACUAUAAAGAAGAUCAAGAUCGGAAAGUACCAUUCAUCUCAACCCCCGGUGAAGAAGAAUCUAACCUCUCCUCUUCCUCUUCCUCCUCCUUCUCCUCCUCACCCACAGCUUCUGCCUCCGGCAAAGCUUUUAUCACCUUCGGAAUUCUCAAACGCGACGAUGACGUUGUUCCUCCUCCUCCUCCUCAAGAAACUGGAGAUCUUGAUGCUCGCCGGAAUAUUGAAGUCUCCGUCGAGGACAGUCACUGGUUGAAUCUGUCUUCUUUACAGAGGAAUAAACAGCAAAUGGUGAAGAAGAGUAGAAGAGGACCAAGGUCCCGAAGCUCCCAGUAUCGUGGCGUCACUUUUUACCGUCGCACCGGUCGUUGGGAAUCUCAUAUUUGGGAUUGUGGAAAGCAGGUUUAUUUGGGCGGGUUUGAUACUGCAUACGCAGCAGCAAGGGCGUACGACCGAGCUGCUAUCAAAUUCCGUGGUCUUGACGCAGAUAUCAAUUUCGUCGUGGAUGAUUAUAGACAAGACAUCGAUAAGAUGAAGAAUUUAAAUAAAGUGGAGUUCGUGCAAACACUUAGGCGAGAGAGUGCGAGUUUCGGGAGAGGAAGUUCCAAAUACAAAGGCUUGACUCUUCAAAAAUGCACCCAAUUCAAAACUCAUCACGAUCAGAUUCAUCUCUUCCAAAACAGGGGAUGGGACGCAGCAGCAAUCAAAUACAAUGAGAUGGGAAAGGGAGAAGGAGUCAUGAAGUUUGGUGCCCACAUUAAAGGAAAUGCUCACAACGAUCUUGAACUAAGUCUUGGUAUUUCGUCAUCAUCGGAAAAUAUAAAGUUAGGCGAUUACUAUAAAGGUAUUAACCGUUCCACGAUGGGUUUGUUCGGUAAGCAAUCAUCGGUCUAUUUACCGGUUACCACCAUGAACCCUUUGAAGACAGUUGCAGCAUCAUCAGGAUUCCCUUUUAUCACCAUGACCACUUCCUCUUCCUCCAUGUCUACUUGUUUUGAUCCGUAGGAUCGAUCCACACUCUCUUUUUUUUUACUAUAUAUAUAUAUACAUAUAUUUUGUAUAUCGACCAUAAAUUUGAUUCUUUCCGUAAUGAGUGAAAUAUAUUGAAAGUAUUUGUUCUAA